GUGGUCCACGACUUCCCCCAGUAUAGCGUUAACGUGCUGCCGUGGCUUAGUCCCGAAGUGCUGCAACAGAAUCUCCAGGGCUAUGACUCUCGAUCAGACAUCUACAGCCUCGGCAUCACAGCCUGUGAACUAGCCAAUGGACACGUUCCCUUCAAAGACAUGCCAGCUACACAGAUGCUACUGGAGAAGCUAAACGGGACAGUGCCAUGCUUGCUGGAUACCACAACUAUACCACCAGAGGAGCUGUCCAUGAAGCCUUCCCGUUCUGGUGCUGACUCUGGGAUCUGUGAGGGUCCGGGACCGGGAGGAGUCCGACACUCCAACGGUGAACCCUCGUCAUCGUCAGGAGGACACCCAUACAACCGGACGUUCUCCCCACAGUUCCACGCCUUCGUUGAGCUGUGUCUACAGCGAGACCCAGAAAAAAGACCAUCUGCAACCGGUCUUGUUGGCCAUCCCUUCUUCAAACAGAUCAAACGGCGACCUUCAGAG